UUUCUCUCUCUAAACUUUCUCUCUCCUUUCUCUUUCUCUGUCUCUCUCUAAGUUUUCUCUCGCUAAGCUUUCUCGCUCAUCCCAAGAGCCGGAACCCGCUCCAUCCGCCAUUGAAGGGCUUCGCCAUACUUUGAGUAAGUCCCCCCUGAAACCUAGAUUUCUAGGGUUUUCUGCCCCUUCCCUGCCCUGUUUGCCACGAUUUCUAGGGUUUCGUUGUGAAGCUUAGGUUCGCAUUUGUACGGAUUUAUGUUGUUUGGUUAGGCAUUAGGUGGUGUUUUCUUGGUUUUUGUAGCUGGAUUGGGCCCGGUUUUGGGGAUUUAAUGGUUGGAUUUUUUAUGAUCCAGAGAAUUGGGGUGCACUGGAGGUUUUGGGCAAGCUACUGGUUAUGCGUGUUUCAAAUUUGAGGGUUGAUUUUGGUGAAUAUUAGAUGUAGAAUGGUGCCAUGGGAAGGGGUGCUUGGUUCCAAGAAUUGUGUUUUCUGAGGGAUGCUGCUUUUCGAGUUUCUUUUCUCUCCUGGCGCUUGUUUUAUUAGGGUUCCUGAAACCAGCGUUCUCAUAUUCUGGGAUCCCUUGAUGUGGUUGGUUUACUGUUGAUUUCAUGUUUUUGUGAUAUUGCUUGCCAAUGGGUCAUCAAUGUAAGAAUUUGCUGGGGCACCACCCCAAAGAGGAGAACACGAAGCAUGAAACUCUUCAAGGCUUGUCGUUCAAUUGGCUAAUAAUGUCGCGCAUAAGCGGGGGUUGGCAUCUCUAGGUAUCUCAGUUGACAUGUACAGAAAAGGAGUGAACUUUCUUGCGCCAAAAGGAUCAGCUCCAGAGGAUUUGCAAGCAGGAUUAUCUAUGCCUGGCAAUGAAGUUGCAGACAAGGUUCACAAUUUCUUUGAGCAGGACAAUCUAGCCCCGCAGCAAUCUUCAGUUGGAAGUGGUAACUGGUCGACUAUAAAUAACAAUGUUUGGCUCAGUAACCAGCGGCAUAAUGGACCAACCCAUUAUUCCCAUCAAAAGAUGUAUGGUAUUCAGUCAUCUGAAACUGGAAAAGAUUCUCAAGCUGUGGAUGCGAGAAACAUGCCAUUUGGUGCGAAUCUUACAGAGUUGAGUUUGAGAUCUGAGAUUGCAAAGAACCAAAGAAACCCACAGCUGAGCUUGAAUGGGUUUGUUCAUGGUCCACAGGGCUUCCAAAACAGUCUCAAUCAGGUAGAAUUUCUUGGCGCUGACCUGGUAUCUAAUCAGCAGAAUAUGGCACUGAGAAACCUGGCCAUUCUUGAGUCACAACAAGGGCAGGCUUCUGAACACAGUUCAGACUCCCAUGGUAGGAACUCGGAGAGGUUUGAAGCUGUAGAAGCACCAGUCAAUUUUGACUUUUUUGGGAGCCAGCAAGUGCUAAUGAGGAGCCAACAGCCUGGCAUACCGCAACCACGGAUGAAUCAGCAGCCAAGUUACCCAGACAUGCAAUUGUUGAAGCAACAAUUCUUUUACAAGCAACUGCAAGAGCUUGAAAGGCAGCGUCAGUUGCAUGAGCUUGAUGUGGAUGCAAGGCAACAAAAUUUGCGUAACCAAAUGCCCUUUAUGGCCAGACAAGGAGGGGGAGAUCAGUUACCCCCAAUGGUGAGUGGUGCUCCAAUUCAGGAAGCAUCAGGUUAUUUGUGGCCCAGUGAGGUUGUUCCUCAAAUGAUGGGUGAGCAUAAGGUCCCAAACAGUUCGCAAAUGGUCAUGCUAGGUGGCAACAUGAAUUGGGUACGGGGUGUUUCCCCUGCCAUGCAAGGAUUUCCAAAUGGCCCCAUGCCUUCGCAUGACCAGAGCCAUGGAUUACGUACAAUGGGAUUCAUACCUUCUCAAACUGAUCAAUCCCCAUAUGGCGUCUCAGGUCGCAUCUUGAACCCAUAUUCCAAUUUUCAGGGGGUUUCUCAGGAUUCCCCCAAUGUUUUGAACAAGAUGGGUGAGACUCAAGUUGAAAAAUCAGUACUCCAGCCAAAUACCUUCAAUACUUUUCAAGGUGACGAUUGUGCACCCUACUCUGAUCAGGUUUGCAUAGAAGAUAGCAUGGCCUCGAAACAAAAUUUUCAUGGCAAGCAUCUAUUCAGUCAGGGCAAUCCUCUCAGUUUGGAUGGUUCGAAUAGCGGCAUCAAUGUGGGGCAUGUUCAGCAAGCAGGUUCCCAGCAAAAGAGCUUGCAGAUGCACGAUUUUGGUGUCAGGCAAGAAGCCGUGCAUGUGGGUCCCUCUCAAGGUUUGGUUGCUCUAGACUCCACUGAAGAAAAGAUCCUAUACAGUGGUGAUGAUGGGAUUUGGGAUGGUGAGCAAGGAACUCAAUCGCUCCCCAGUUCUUUUUCUAGGGGUAACAGUUUGGUUGCAGGAGGCUUUGUGCAUGGCAAUCAAUCAGAAGACUAUAUGAAUGUAUUCCCAUCAGUUCAGAAUGGAAGUUGGAGUGCACUGAUGCAGUCAGCUGUUGCAGAAGCUUCUAGUAGUGAUACUGGUUUACAAGAUGAGUUGAGUGGCUUGAGUUUCCAAAAGAAUGAACAUUCAGUUGGGAAUACCCGUCAGUUGAAUGAUGGUGGAAAGCAGCAGGUAAACUGGGUUGACCCGUCUGCUUCUUCAUUAACCUCGAGACCUUUUCCUCUUUUCGAUGAUGCCAAUAUGAGUCCAGGUGGUGACCUUAGUGGCCAUGCUUUUGAGCAGGCAGGACCCAACUUUAGGCAGAGGCAAAGGGGUAAUACUGAUGGUAAAGAACAUGGUGGUCAUACUGUCGUGAGAUCUGAUACCACCCCUGCGGAUUUGCUUCAGCGGUCACCCCAAGAGGCUAGUAAGUGGUCAGAUAGUUCCCCCCAACAAAGGCCAAUAGUUCAGGGUACAUGGAAAACUCAGUCAUAUGAGCAUUCAGAAGGCGUUACUAAUGCAAAAGAAAUGGGCAUGCAUGGGUCAUGGCUCCACCAACAGGGUGUGCCUUCUGGUACCUCUUAUAAGAUCCCGAACAAAAAUUCCGAGAGAUCUGAUACUGAGUGGAAUAUCAAUGAGUCCCAGCCUCCAAAUAUUGAAGGACUGCAAGUUCAUCCCAAAGAAAACAGUGCACAACUAGCCCAAAGUGGUGAUGCCAAUAGUGCGGUUCAAUUUGGAAGGGACCAUGAGGGUACCAUGUGGAGAACUGAGGAUCAUGGUAAUGCCUAUAGAAAUAGCGCUGAGCUUGCUUCUCUUUUUCCUAGUUCAACGAGUAGAUUUGAGCAACCCCAAUCUCAUACUGGGAGCCCACAUGUGCAUAGUGAAGAUGUUUCCAUGAGUCACCGUGCAUCAAUUCCAAGUUCGAGUGCUUUGCAAGAGAAGAAUAGGGAGAAUUUAUUGGUGGGGGAAACCCAACGGGGGGAUUAUAACCAAUUUUCUACUGUUGAUUCUUCUGUUAAAUAUCGAGGAAAUGAAAACCAGCAGAGCAAGACAAGUUACACUGACAAGGCUCCAGUGGGGAUAUAUGAGAAGAAUACAGAGAAGUUCGGCCAAAGUGAGCAUCGUAAUGAUGGGUAUCUUACUGGCCAACACACAGUUGGAGAAGGUCAGCCCAAGGAAAAUGCAUGGUUCAAUGUGGCAGAAUCUCGUAGAAUAAAUGCGAGGAAUCAAAAAUCCGGGGGCCAAGCUGGCAAGAAAUCAGUAGGGGGUUCCAAUAAUCAACCGUCUGGUGUUUCUCGCAAGUUCAAUUAUCACCCCAUGGGAAACGUAGUCAUUGAUGCGCAGCAGGCUGAUGACACCAGACAUGGUACACAAGGGUUUCUCCAGCAAGGGUUUCGAGGAUCGAAAACUCAAGAGCAAGCAUCUUCGGGUCCCUCAAAGUUUGUUGGAAGUGAUACGGAGAAGGGGUUUCUUGAAAGUCGUGCAAAAGGGGGACAGGAGCAAGCAUCUUUUAAAGGCCCCUUUUCUGGGGGUCUUGCUGUAAAUGCUGCUUUUGAUAGAUUGACAUCUGUCUCCACUCCAAAGAAUGUGCCAGUAACGAGUCAAAAUAUGCUUGAGCUUCUGAAUAAGGUAGAUCAAUCAAGGGAUGAUAUGUUGAAGCGUGCUGGUACUUCUGAUCGUAGUCAUUCAUCAGAGAUGUGUGAGAUUGGCAAUUCUGAUACUCCAUCUCAUACACAGUACAACCAGUCAUCAAUGUCGGCCUCGCAAGGUUUUGGUUUGCGCCUAGCUCCUCCAUCUCAAAGGCCCCAAAAUUUAAAGCAUGAUAUGUCCCCACAAGCACCUAGUGACUCUGAUUUAAGAUGCAAUGAUUCAGAGGAAGGCGAUAAAAACCAGGCAUGGCUUCACUCGACUGGUUCUGGGCAUCCUGAACCACAUUCUCAAGAUGUUAGUCAAAGGGAGUAUUUGGGUAAUAAGCCAAGUGUUUCAGUUCAUCUGGGGCAUGAAUUCUCAUCUGGGGUUCAGGAUAAUAACACCUUUGCUCCUGCAUCUUCCACUGGGCUGCAUUCUUCAAAGAAUCUGUCACCGUAUCAAGCCAGCUUUGGUGCAAGUGGGAAAUUGGUAAUGGAUCGGCCUGGUAAUAUGGGUUUUAUGAAUUCGGCUGAUCGUAUGCAUGGGCAACCUGCUUCAGGUUUUCGAGAGAAUCAGGACUCUCAAGAUGGAGGCAAGUUUCUUGGUCGUGAAAGGACUAGCCAUGAUUCGCUGACCGCCAGGGAAUCUUCUUCCAGCGCACAGGUACCAACCCAACAUCUUCAUUCCUCAGAAGUGGUCUCAAGCUCUCAGGCUUCUGCUACCCCUACCAUGCCUCAACCUGCGAGUUUUUCAACUAUGCUACACAAUGUGUGGACUGAUGUAUCAUCUCAGCGAAGUAUGUCUGGGGUUCCGCAAAAAAAUUCUUCAGGCUUCUUUCAGUCUAUUCGCCCAACAUUUGGUAGCUUGGAAUCUAGCUCCCAUGCUCAACAGAAGUUGGAUGAUCCUAAUAUUGUAAGGAAAGAAGAGAAACAUGCCUCUGAUAUUCAAAGUCAGUCAUACGGUCCUUGUUUGGUUAACACACAACAGGUUGCAUCAGGAGAGGAGCAGAUGAGCAGGGAAAAUCUUUUACAGCAAACACCUAUGGAGAGGACUGGUUCGAUGGGGCCUCAUCACCUGUCUUCGUCGUCAAAUGCACCUUCUGUUCCCGAGGAAAGUUUGUCUUCACAGGCUUGUGGGCCAGAACAAGCUGCAAAAGCUAUGUCGAAGCAUCUUUUCAAUGCGAAUUCUGUUGCUUCUCUUGGCUCUGUAAGGUCUCAUUCAUCACAUCAGGAGGGCCAGGACUUGUUCCAAACUGAGAAUGGAUCAUUUCAGAAAAGUGGUUUUCCUGGUCGUGGUAUCCCAGUUGUUAGCCAUGCUUCAGAGCCAUCGGGAUUUACCAAUCAAAACUACUCGCUUUUGCACCAGAUGCAAGCAAUGAAAAGUGCAGAAAGUGAUUUACGUGAGAAAGGAUCAAAGCGCAUGAAAAUCUCAGAGAGUUCCAAUGAUGCGUCACGUUUGGCUGGUAAAGCUAGCCAGCACCUGAUGCAUAACUUUGGUCCAUCUGGCAGCAAUUUAACAAGAAUUGGGCAGCACCAAUUUCACCCAUCUUCUGAUGCUAAAAGCCUGGUCUCUCCAUUGGAUAGUCCAGAUGCUCAGAAUGCUUCGGAUUUGCCUUCUCAAAGUACCUUUGGUUCUUUAAGCAAUGAGACCCAUAAUCAUAGCUCUAGUCAGUUUAGUUUAACAUCUUCUAUGAGUUUUGUUAGAGGAAAUGAGCACUCCCAGCAAAAUCCACAGAGAGGGCUCCCAUGGAUGGAUCAAUUUGGAUAUAAAAAUGGGCAGAUUCUGGCCUUGUAUGAGGCUUCGCAAAACGCUGGAAAGGCCACUGCCCAUCAGUACCUUUUUGGGAGGACUCCUCAAAGCACACAUCCAAUAACUUCAAUUGAACAAAGAAAUGCUGAAGAUGCUAAUUUGGGUGGCAGUGUUUCCACUGCCAUUAAACCAUUGGCAGGCAAUCAGAACUUGUCUUCCCUGCUGGAAACCAACGAGCAAGCUCUGGCCAUUGUGAGACCCAAGAAGCGCAAAAGUAUGGUGGUGGAGUUGAUGCCAUGGCACAAGGAAAUCACACAAGGUUCUAAGAAACUUCAAAGCAUAAGUGUUGCAGAACUGGAUUGGGCACGCACCACAAGACGGUUGAUAGAAAAGGUGGAGGAUGAAGCUGAUAUGAAUGAUGAUGUAUUGUCCACACUUCGACCCCGGAAAAGGCUGAUCUUCACUACGCAGCUGAUAAAACAACUCUUCUCACCCUUACCAGCAGCCAUUUUGUCUGAGGAAGCUUCUUCUGAAUAUGAAAGUGCUGUCUAUUUCCUUUCUAGAGUAGCACUUGGAGAUGCUUGCAGCUUAAUCACCUACAAAAGAACUGGUUCAGGAGUGGUUGGAAGCACACAAUCCAACAAUGAGAAUGCGACAUCUGGAAGUGAUAACAGUUCCGAAAGUGGAGGAGACCAAAUCCUUUCAAAAGUAAUUGAAGGCUUCAGUGGCAAAGCAAUGAAGCUGGAAAAUGAUUUGUUGAGGUUGGACAAGGCGGUCUCGUUGUUGGACAUCAGAUUGGAGUUGCACGAUUUGGAGAGGUUUUCAAUCAUCAAUCGGUUUGCCAGAUUCCAUGGGCGUGGUGGCCAAGUGGAAGUUGGGGUGGACACUUCGGCCGCAUCAACCUCUGCUGAUCCUCGCAAAACAUCUUCCCCUCACAGAUAUGUCACUGCCCAUCCCAUGCCCCGAAAUCUACCGGAGGGGGUGUUCUGCCUCUCACUUUAAUCCAUCAUUAAAUUAAUUGAUUUUUUUCCUCCCCUUUGGCUUUAAACAAUCUAUCUCUCUGUCUCUUCCUCACUCUCUCUCUCUACACACACCCACUGUUGCUUUAAUGGCUCCCACACCCGCUUGCUAGGCAUAGGGUAUGCAUAAGUUACACGUCGAAGCACUCGGUCCGAGCUCAUGAAUUAUACAUUCUCUGGUUGAUUGUUUAGGUCCCGAUACCAUGACACAUGCGGCAUCUGACAUGAGGACUGGUCUUCCACCAUCUAAUCUUAAAUUGGGACGGUGGAUGUGCAUUGGUCUUCCUAAGGGAGUUGAAACUGCAGAGAGCUGUGCAUCCCCACCGUCCAUUGACCAGUACAGAUGGUGGGCGACCAGUCUCUGUGCUGUAGACUUCGAAAUGCGACCUGUAUAAUUAGAAUUCGAAAUUGUCUAGCAGGUAGUUCUGGUCCUUUUUGCAAUUGAUGGCAAUUUUUGUUGCAUAAAUAUGGGUAAAACUGGCCAUCUUCUGUUACAUAUACAGUAUAAUAGGAGAAGUUUUGUCCCA